UAUCAAUAAAGUUGGUCUGAUUUGAACCAAGAUGGCGGCCUACGCGUCGCCUCUGACAACAAAGUGUUUGUCACAGUAUCUAUUGAAAGGGUCAAGUUUAAUGAAAAAUAGAAGUUGGUGUUGUAAGGUCAUUGUUGUUAGAGGUUGCACAACAAGGAGAGGGUCUGAGUUUACUGCAAACGCCAACCAUGCUGCACAGAAGUCCAGUGUCCUUCUGGACUACUACGAAAGUAUGGUUAGGUCCGGUUCACUCCGAGAGGACAUACACCAGAGAUCCGUCCUUCUUCAGUUAGAGCAGUUGCAGGGAGUUAUAAGGGCAUACGACAAUACUCCACGAUUUAAGGUGAGCGACAGGGACAUUAAGGUAAAUCGACAACGGCAUGUUGAAGAUUCGAAAGCAAGUGACGCAAAGCACAAAACUCAAGUGACCGAAGCCGAACAGCUGCCCCCGAAGCCUAAACCACCCAAGGGCUUUUACAUCCAUGGCAAUGUAGGCACUGGGAAAACCAUGCUGAUGGAUAUGUUCUUCUCUCACGUUGAGAACAGUCGCAAAAAGAGGGUCCACUUCAACGCCUUCAUGCUGGACAUACACAAACGGAUCCAUCGCCUGAAGCAAUCCCUGCCAAAACGGAGCCUCGGCAAAAUGACAGUCUACGACCCCAUUGCGCCGGUUGCCUUGGAGAUCAGUCAGGAGAACUGCCUCUUGUGCUUCGAUGAAUUUCAGGUGACAGACAUUGCAGAUGCCAUGAUCCUGAAGCAGCUGUUUGGGACUCUCUUCCGGUCUGGUGUUGUGGUGGUGGCCACCUCCAACCGCCCACCUGAUGAGCUCUACAAAAAUGGUCUUCAGAGGGCUACCUUUGUGCCUUUCAUCCACGUUCUCAAGGAGCACUGCCAUACAGUCUGCUUAGACUCUGGAGUGGACUACAGGAAGAGAGACAUGCCUGCAGCAGGAAUACUGUACUACCUCACAAGUGAACCUGGAGCGGAGAGGGCUGUGAAUGAUCUGUUCCAUGAACUCGCCCAGAGACAAAAUGACUUUACGCGGCCCCGGGUCCUGACCGUUCUGGGCAGGAAGCUUCACCUGAGCAGGACGUGUGGCUCUAUCGCCGACUGUACUUUUCAGGAGCUGUGCGACAGGCCUGUAGGUGCCAGCGACUACCUGGAGAUUUCUCGAGUGUUUGACACUGUCUUUAUCCGGAACAUUCCAAGACUCUCUCUGAGGAUAAAGGAUCAAGCACGUCGGCUCACGACACUCAUAGACAACUUCUAUGACCAGAAGGUGAGGGUGGUUGUCCUUGCCGAUGCUCCUCUGGAGUCUCUCUUUGACCAGGGCCCUAUGGUCGGUGAUGAGGAGAGAGACCGCAUGUUGCUGGAUGAUCUAGGCCUAACACAGGAUGCCGGUGAACAUCUCUCUUUGUUCACGGGAGAAGAGGAGAUCUUUGCAUUUCAGAGGACCAUCUCAAGACUGACAGAAAUGCAGACGGAACAGUACUGGCUUCAAGGAGAUCGCAGCAGCACAACAUGACCCUUUACACACACACACCCACACAAACACACACACACACACUGCAUCUUGCCAAACUGCUGACUAAUGUUCCAAACUGCGCAAAGAUGACCAACUGAGCUAACAUAAGCUAUUAUGUUAUAGGCUCUGUUAUCAACUUAUUCACGGAAGCCAUUAUACCUCGGACUCUAGCCUGACCUCUUAAAUUAAAUAAAAUUAAAUUAAAUUGAACUUGAAAUGAUGUGUGAAUACCUGCAAGUAAGUUAGAGUCUAUGUAUUAAUAAUAUAAGAAGAACGAUUACUCCCUCUUACUGUAACUAUGGACAUCUUAUUAUGGACAUCUGACACUUAUUUGUACACUGAACUCUAUGUUAGGAAAGCAGCCUUCAUAAGGAGAUGAACAGCGCCCCCGUGUGGUUAACUGAAUCCUGAGGGGUUUGCCAUAUCCUUCACCUGGACCGACAGGUGGAUAACCCGAGCCUGCCCCGUGUAUAAUAUAUUAUAUUACAUAUUCUGUAGGCCUACAUAGAGGUGAGGUAGACAUAUUUUGAAAAGGGAAUGUAUUAUACGUGUUGUGUGUACGGUAUAAACUAAAUAUUUACA